AUGGGUGACACUCCAUUGGCCUCGUUGUCUUUGACUCAUGUCCACUACAACCCCGAGGACCAGCUGUCGUUGGCUUCAGCUUGGGUGGCUCUGAUUCCACAGGCACUAUGUGUCUCUUACGCGACCUUGAUCUGGUCUACCCGCGAAGUGGAAGUCAUCCUAAUGUUUGUUGGACAGAUGGGCUGUGAGGGUCUGAACUUUGUCCUUAAACGACUCAUCAAGGAAGAGCGACCGAAGGAGAUGUUUGGUAAGGGUUAUGGAAUGCCCUCUUCCCACGCCCAAUUUAUGACCUUCUUCUCCGUCUACCUCACCUUGUUCCUCCUUUUCCGCCACAGCAAAGCUUCCGCCAGCUCUUACCCCAACGCUGCCGUCCUCCUGCGAUUCCUGGUGAUGCUGGCCCUGUGUCUGGGAGCUGCCGGUGUUGCCGCCAGCCGCGUUUACCUCAACUACCACACCCCGAAACAGGUGCUUGCCGGCUGUGGCGCCGGGUUCACCUGUGCAUGCGCCUGGUUCAUCGUCACCAGCCUGCUCCGUCGCACUGGCUGGAUUGAAUGGGGUCUCGAGCUGACUAUUUCUCGCUUGAUGAGAGUUCGCGACCUGGUGGUAAGUGAGGACCUGGCCGAGGCCGGCUGGCAACGUUGGGAGACCCAGAGAUUGAAACUCCGCGAUAGUAAGAAGGGGAAGAAGGCGGCGUAA